AUGCUACUUCUAGUUGGCAUCCUUUGCUUCAUUUUUGUUCCAUUUACAAUUACAUUUCCACAAAUUAAUCUUGAUUUAACUGAUUCGAUCAAUGAGUACGGAAAUGUUUCUGCUUUACAACACCAUUGUCUUCAUGUUGCUACUUGGAAUGAACUAGAAAUUGACCCUUAUCAAAUAAUUUCUUUUUGUAUGAACGAAUAUUCAUCAAAAUGGAAUCUAAAAGAAAAUAAUAUUGAUCGAAAAUUUACUUUUGCUGACCUUUAUCAAUUAAAUAUUACUAGUGAACAAUUAUAUCUUUGGUCAGCACCAUUCGAUGUAAUUGAACGUUAUUAUUCAUAUACGAAACAACGUUUAACUACAAAUCAAACAUCAUUUUCCACGGAAGAACAAUAUUUUUAUAAUUGUACAUUACCUAGAUUCGGUCCAUAUUGUCAAUAUUCAUUUGAUCUUUAUAAUGAUACUUAUCUAACAUUAAAUGAGAUUAUACAUGAUUAUUAUCAACAGCCAUAUGAACCAUCUUCAUUGACAUGUUAUACUCAUUUGCAAUGUAAUCGUUUUUCAACAGCAGCUUGUCUUGAUUGGACUGAAAUAUGUGAUGGAAUUAUUGAUUGUGAAAAUGGUACUGAUGAAGAAUCUUGUUGGCAAUUAGAAAUAAAUAAAUGUAAUGAUAAUGAAUUUCGAUGUGAUAAUGGUCAAUGUAUUGAUAAGUUAUUUUUGCAUGAUAAUAUUAAUCCUCAUUUUGAAUGUCUCGAUCAAUCAGAUGAAAAAGAAGAUUUACGACCUUCUCAUCAAUUCAUAACUGAACCUACAUUUGCCAAUGAAGAUAUUAUUUGCCCGCGAAAUCCUCCUUUAGAAAUGNGAGAUGAACAUCAGGAGAGAAUGAUGGUGACGCAGGUCAAAGCUGUAGGAAUAGAAUGCUUUUUUGGAAAAAGCCAUCUCUUCGAACGCGUCUGGACGCGUUUUGAAAAACAAACGCGUUUAUGCCGUCAGAUGUUUCAUCGUCUCUUCGGACGUGUGUGGACGCGUUUUGAGAGAGAGACGCGGUUGAACGCAUCUGAAAGACGCGUCUGGAUGCGUUUGUGCCUUGCGUUUGAAACGCAUCCCAAACGCGUUUUAAACGCGUUUACACUCAAAAAAAUUUCACAUGGGAAUGAGCAGAAGUGA